CAGAUCACAGGGGGGGAGGAAUCACCAAGUCCAUGCUGGAGGAGGAUCGCAGCCCAGGCGUCCUCAUGAAGCUGCUGCAGCUGCACUUUCUUUUAUAAGUUUUUUUUUUUUUGGUAAUUGUUUUUAUUUAGCUUCUGGAUCUGUGCACACUGCCUCACUGCUCGCACGGCAUCUGCGGGCGGAUCGCACAGGCCACCGUGUUUGAUAACUACCAUUAAGUUUUAAGACUAAGAUCUGUGGAGCUGCAACCCCAAUAUCAUCGGCACGAUGGUGGCUCGCAUGCUGUUCCGGGCAGUGAUCAUGGGGCCCCCAGGAUCGGGGAAGGGGACGAUCUCGGACAGGAUUGUGAAGCACUUCGCCCUCAAGCACUUGUCCAGCGGGGACUUGCUUAGGCUGAACAUCCAGAAGAAGACAGAAGUUGGUAUACUGGCGAAAUCUUACAUCGAACAAGGUCAGCUAGUUCCAGAUGGUGUGAUCACCCGGCUAAUCGUACAAGAGCUGAACAACUUUGGUGAACAUAACUGGCUGCUAGAUGGCUUCCCAAGAACUGUUCCUCAAGCACAAGCCCUAGAUAAGGCCCACCAAAUAAACACUGUCAUUGACUUGAAUGUUCCGUUUCAGACUAUUAAGGAUCGUCUCACUGCUCGGUGGAUCCACCCUGCUAGUGGAAGAGUAUAUAACACAGAAUUCAAUCCACCAAAAGUUUCAGGCAUUGACGAUCUUACUGGAGAACCACUAGUUCAGCGUGAAGAUGACAAGCCAGAAACUGUCACCAAGAGACUAAAUGCUUAUGAGGCUCUUACAAAACCUGUCUUGGAAUAUUACAAAAACAAGGGUGUCUUGGAAACGUUUUCUGGAACUGAGACCAACAAGAUCUGGCCCCAUGUUCAUUCCUUCCUGCAAACAAAGCUUCCUGACGCAAGUCAAGAGUAAAUGAAGACCGGAAGGGAGAUGCACCGAGACCCGGACUAUGAGUUGCCAACCGCUGAACAUGAAUAUUUUUAAUCGUUUAAUCCAGCGCUUUUCCUUUUUAACUUCAUGCUACUCAUUUUAUGUGCCUGCUAUUUUAUUGCCUUUUUAACUAUUUUUCUGAGAGUAGUAGUAUUUUAAUAACGGACAUGUAGAAUCAUGUUUUCAGUUUUUAUACUGAUGUAACAGGUAAAAUUGGGAAGAAAAGGUGUAAAAACAAAACACAACAUGUGAAUAAUGAUUUUAAAUGUCAUGACCUCCUUUUAGCCACAGCAGCUUUUGCUUCUGUAUACUACUUCAUUUAUUCUUCUUGCUGCCUGAAGUGAUUGCUCCAGAAGUAAGUGAUUCUUGAAUUUCUAAGAAUGUGAUGGCUGUUGAUUGUGGUUGAAUCCACUUAAUAUAUUUGUAUUAACAUAAUGUAGUCUAAAGAGAGAAAUAUUAGCUUUUAUAUUUGUACUCCUUUAUGUGAGAAAUGACUCGGUAUGUCACAUUUUCAUUUCAGGGUUUUCCUUCCAGAUUCUAUUGAUCACUGAUCUAUAGGCUACUUCUGUAUCUCCAACAGACCCAAAGUAUUGUCCACACAUCACGUCCCAUUGGUAGUCCACUAAGUCAAGCCAGUACUAUGAAUAUUGCAUUGAGGCAGUUACUGGCAUGUCUUCUGUUGUGAGGACCAUGCUGUGCUGGUAACGUUGUUUGUACUGCUUGGAACAUGGUCGUCUUCAUCAGAGCCAUUUCCAACUGGACGUACACUCUACAGGUUUAGUGAUGUGACUUCUAUCACAUAGUUCUGAAAAGAUGAAUUGAAUGGUUUGGUUUUGCUUUCCGUCAUAUAUUUAUAUAGACACAUUGAAUGUUAUGCUACAGCCAUCAUUGACAACUGAUGGCUGCAGAUAGAAGGUUUUCAGAGUCUAGGUUGAAGCUACUGAUGAUACAUGACUUACAGACUCCUAUUACUUGUGACGAAGCAUGGACUGGCUUCCUAUUGCCUGAUAGGUAUAUGAAGGGUAGAUUCAAAUUGGCAUUUACAAGAUUCCAUAUUUUAAAGUAAUUGUCCGUCUUUUAACAUCUUUGUUUUUUAAGCCCAACAUGAUGUGCUAAUUAGAGGUCAGGACUCAAUUCUUCUGAUAGACAGCUCCAAAUUGUAUGCAGCUAUAAAGUAAAAUUAAGCCAUUUUGGCUGCCUUCUUGCCACUUAGCGAACAUAGGCAUUUUAUUUUUGAGUUCAUAGUAUAGCAGUAUGCAGCAAAACUCCUAAGCUCCCCCUAGUGGUGGCCGAAGUUAGACCGGGGUUGCCCAGGGUUAGAAAAACAUGUCCGAUUGAUUCUAAAAACAGUGCCACACCUGUCCACAGGUUGUGCGUCAUAGUGCAUCUCAGCCCCAUUCAGGCCAUCUGAGCUGCAGUGCCAGGCACAAUCCACGGACAAGUGUGGCCCUGUUUGUAGCUUGAUUUUCUAGGCCUGGACAAGGCUUCUAUAUGUAUGAAUGUGCUAUAAACAUACAUAUAGUAUUUGAUAAGUAAUCAGCACAGAAUUCUGGGCAUACAUAGAUAAAAUAGGACAGAAGAACCCGAGUUAAUAGUUUCAUUGCAGACUAGACGAGCCAGUAAUUUGCAAGUAAAAUUGUUAUCUGUAGUUAUAAUGUAUGUGCAUAUACCCGUAUGAUCUUGUCUUUUUUCUCUGUGAACGUGCUUGGUUAAAGAUCUGAUUGCGUCUUCUGUACCGUGAUUGAAAUAAUGUGAUUAUACUAGA